CGGUCUCUUAAAAUCGUCAAAGUCAUACUUGGGACACCCCUGUAAUUUCAUCACGUACCAACCCAUAAAAUAAGCAGCUCUUGGACGCGGAGGUCGAAAUACCGACACUAACCACGGCUCUAUAGUCCCUGCUGGCCGCCGCUUUCCCUUCAGCUGACGAGCCGUCCUCUUCUUUAUUCUCCGGCAAGCAGGCAUCUUCUUAGCGAUGGAGUACGUUAGCCCCGAAGGUCUUCGCUUGGAUGGUCGCCGUCCCCUCGAGAUGAGGCAACUUCGUGCUGAAAUAGGUGUGGUUGCCAGAGCCGACGGUUCUGCUGUCUUUGAAAUGGGUAACACCAAAGUCAUUGCUGCUGUUUAUGGUCCCAGGGAGGUUCAAAACAGGAGCCAGCAAAUUAACGACCAAGCUUUGGUUCGUUGUGAGUAUAGUAUGGCUAACUUCAGCACUGGUGAUCGGAUGAGGAAGCCAAAGGGUGACAGGAGAUCCACUGAGAUAUCUCUAGUUAUUCGUCAAACAAUGGAAGCUUGCAUUUUGACUCAUCUAUUGCCUCGUUCUCAGAUUGACAUUUUUGUUCAAGUUAUCCAAGCAGAUGGAGGUACAAGAUCGGCAUGCAUAAAUGCCGCCACGUUGGCACUUGCUGAUGCUGGGAUACCUAUGCGUGAUAUUGUUACUUCAUGUAGUGCUGGAUAUCUAAACAGUACCCCUCUUCUUGAUCUUAACUAUGUAGAAGACAGUGCUGGUGGCCCUGAUGUCACUGUUGGGAUUCUGCCUAAGUUGGAUAAAGUUACCCUUUUGCAGAUGGAUGCCAAAUUAUCAUUGGACACUUUCGAAAAUGUGAUGCAACUAGCAACAGAGGGCUGCAAAGCAGUGGCAAACUACAUCCGUGAAGUGUUAUUGGAAAACACCAAACAGUUGGAAUGCCGUCGAGGUGUAUAGACUUUAAAAAUAGAACUAUAUUUAUGAUGAUUAUAAUCGUGGAGAAAGUGGUGUCGAGGGCCAAGGGAGGUUUUGUGCUCACAAAAAUACUUGUACCUAGUGAAUUCAUCUGUAUUGGAAUUUAGAUUUAAACUCCAUGUUAUUACAUUUCUCGAUCAAAGCUGUUGUUAAAAUUGUUUAGCUUUUUUGAUACCCAUCUUUAUCG